AUGCCACACAAAGUCACCAACGACUCCAAUUCCACUUUAGCCAGCACUGGCAGUGGUGACCAAGUUAUUGCUACAGAAGUCCGAGUAACCGCCAAUCCUGUCCGCAAACCUCCAGUCGUCGUGCACAACAAAGGUGGUCAAAUCUAUGACGAAACACGUCCUUCGGAUUGGGAUAAACAACGCUGGAAAUAG